GUGACUAUUCAUUACAAUCAUACCCCGUCUAUUAGGUACGCCCAGCGUCCCUGACUGCUUGACCACAUCAGCCAACAGCUUACCUACGGUAAGGCAGAUCACCAAGCGGCUUAGUUCCACUCCCCACAAGUGAACAGGUUACGAGCUUGGCUUGCAAGUGCCAGUGUCGUAUUUCCAUCGCAAAGAGCUCUUGUAGCUAGUGUAUUGCUUUGCCCAACAUGACUUCAAGCAGUGACGCCGUGCUGCAGACGACAGAACUGCUCCAAGAGAUUCUACUUCAACUUGAUAUGCGUACCCUGCUCACUGCUGCACAGCUUGUGAAUCGCCAAUGGCACGACGUGAUCACCACCUCACCAGCACUACAACAGGCUCUAUAUUUCGCACCUGUUGUCUCUUCUGCAUACCCUGCAACGCAGAACCCGCUCCUAUCCGAGCUCUUCCCAUAUUGGUUUCAAGAAGGAACGGGGGGCGACAAUCCACACGCUCUGAAGGAGGUCAAGGAGAUUAGCCGACUUGACUUCGGUUGUCUGCCUAUGGCCCAGGAGUCGCGAAGACACGCCUUUAUGUACCCGAAUGCCACAUGGAGACACAUGCUAGUGCGGCAGCCGCCAGUCUUGACCCUCGGUCGUUGGACCACGUCUCAUUCUAGUUGGGGCAACAAUCAUAGGAUUCAUAUUGAUGAGAUACCAGGCGGUUUGCGAAUGGAUCGUUUGUAUGAUAUCGCCCAGCGCUGGUUACGUCGGACUGUAUCAAACUUUGUCGUCUUCCGGGGGCCAAACGCCGUCACCGCGUACGCAAGAACCCUGUAUGGCAGUCUGCUAGACCCAAUUGAGAAAGGUCAACUCCAAGCUCUCUCAAGGCGAGUUGAUCUGAUUGUCCUUCGCCACAUGGUAGUGCAAUGCUCUAUGGAAUCGGGCUAUCCAGAGUAUGAUGAAGCCUUCGCUUUUCCUGGUUCGCAAGAGCAACAAGAUGAUCUGUAACACCCGAAGCAGGCUUCAUGGGAAGGCUUGACUGGGGAACGUGCAACUACAUAAUAGAUUCUUUCUUAAUCCCUCUUGGGAAGUCCCGUGUACGAUAUAAUGCGUUCCUAAGACUCGAAAUCCAUAUUGGAAAUCAUAAUCAUGGAGUGGUCGUAUUAGAUUCCAAUGAGUCCCUGAAAUGAAGGGGUCUAUAACUCUCGUUCUCUACUUCUAUAUAAGAAGUUGCGACUAGUAGAAAUGAGUAUUAUUAAUCAAAGACUUGCAACAGAACCCGGACUUGAAGCUAUUCGCGAUAAUCAAGUUGUUAGGAUAGAUGUUCCAGGAACAUAGCUAUGCCUGUAGUCUGUUACGGAACUG